CCGCUUUGGCUGCCGAGGAGGGUGCACGCUUUUGGGCGGCAAAUCCGCCCACGGAAAAUUCGUAACGCCGGUAAAAUUUUUGCUAGUGCUGUGUUGUGAACGAACGACUGUUGAUUUGUGAUUGGACUUGUUGGUUUUUUUAUGGAUCUUUUGGAUUGGUAUAAUGCAGAGAUAUCUUCUGACCUAAGUGUAUCUUUAGAUGAUAGAAAAGCGAGAAAAUGUUAAAGAAACCGUUCGUUCAGGAACAUCACUCGUUAAGCUGAAGAUGUGGUAGUGGCCAUCCACCAUGGAUACCUUCGCCGUGGUGACAUCUUUACUUGGACUGAUAUGCUUCUGCUCAGGUCCAGUAAAUGGUGGCAUGAGCGAUGACUACGUCAGCACGGGAGAAGCGCCCUACAUCAUAGAACAGCCUAUCGACGUCACAGUAGCGCGUCACCAGCCUGCGACCCUCAACUGCCGCGCUGGUGGUUCCCCCUCUCCCACCAUUCGAUGGUACAAGGGAGGCGUCCUCGUAGUCUCCGACACCCACAGGAGCUUACUACCCGCUGGAGGACUGUUCUUCCUCAGAACCACUCAUGGAAGAGUACACUCCGACGCUGGCGUGUACUGGUGUGAAGCCACCAAUCCUUACGGAACAGCAAGGAGCAGAAACGCAACUUUGCAUGUCGCUGUUCUUCGUGAGGAGUUCAGACUGGAACCAGUGUCGACUCAGUCGGCUCAGGGUGAAACUGUGAUACUGGAAUGCUCUCCACCGCGAGGGUCACCAGAACCUACCGUCUACUGGAAGAAGAAUGGACAGAUGCUGCAUUUUGAUGGCGACUCCAGGAUGCAUUUAGUCGACGGUGGCAAUCUCGUAAUACAAGACGCCAGGCAAACCGACGCCGGAAGAUAUCAAUGUAUCGCGAGGAAUGCGGCGGGAACGAGGGAAUCGGCCAUAGCGAUGCUCCGAAUACACAUUAAGCCGUACUUAAUCACGGGCCCGGAGGACGUGGUGGCGCAGACUGGAGGCAGCGUCACAUUCCAGUGCCGAGUGGGGGGGGACCCCCUCCCGGACGUGCUGUGGCGGAGGACCGCUGGAGGUGGAAACAUGCCACUCGGCCGCGUCAAAGUUCUUGACGACAGAAGCCUCAGACUCGACAACGUUAUUCUAGGGGACGAGGGAGAAUACGCUUGUGAAGCUGAUAAUUCUGUUGGCGCUGUGAGCGCUAGCGGGUACUUAACUGUUUAUGAUCCACCUUCAAUAACUUUAAGACCCAAUUCGGUGAAUGUAGAAACCGGGACAAUGGCCACAUUCACUUGUUCGGCCACAGGCAGACCAGAACCAACUAUGUUCUGGAGCAUAGAAGGCAAUAGAACUAUCAUCUUCCCCGGUACAUCUAGAGGCAAAUACCACGCGACCACAGUACUAGAUGGAGUGACUGUACUAACAAUCAACGACACAAAUAAAAAUGAAAGUGGAAACACGAUAGUUUGUUCGGCGGUAAACUUCGCUGGCAGUUCGUUUGUCAGAGGGAAACUAACCGUGACGUCAGACGAUGACCGCCCACCGCCAAUCAUAACAAACGGGCCCUCUAACCAAACGUUACCUAUAAAAUCGAUGGCAGUUUUCCCCUGUACAGCAGUCGGCACACCUGAACCAAUCAUCGCCUGGUAUUUCGAAGGGGAAGCAUUAAUACAAAAUCAUAGAAGGAAUGUUACUAAUGACGGCACUCUCAUAUUGAAGGAUUUGGACAAAAUAGACAGCGGUACUUAUACGUGUGUCGCGUCCUCGCAUCAUGGGAAAUACGUGUGGAGUGGCGUGUUGCUUGUCGAUAGCCCGAUUAAUCCGAAUAUUCAUUUUUUUCGAGCUGCCGAUGUGUCGUCUCUACCCGGACCACCAACAAAACCUCUAAUAUACAACGUUACAGAAACGAGUGUCACUAUAACGUGGAAUCAGAAUAACAAGAUUGGCUCAUCAUCUAUACUCGGAUAUCAAGUAGAAGUAUUUUCUAGAGAAACUUUAUCCGGGAAUAGCACUCCAAGGAAUUCGAGAGGUUGGGUAGUAUUGGCGAGGCGGGUCCAUCAUACACAAUUCGUAGCAAAAUCUUUAGUACCCGGAGUCACUUAUAUGUUCAUAGUUCGGACGGAAAAUUCCCACGGGCUGUCGGGUCCAAGCCCGGUAUCCGACGCUGUAACGAUUGGUGACGAUGCAAACUCUUUAUGGGAGACCGGAGUAUUUUCAAAUAAUACGGAAUUCAGAAACAAUAUUCUAACCGACAACAUUGUAGAACUGAUUGAAGCCACACCGAUUGACUCGAAAACUAUAAAGCUCAUGUGGGAAAUACUAAAUUUUUACUACUUGGAGGGUUUAUUCAUUUAUUUCAGACCCCUAGACAAUAUAACGACCGAAUAUGAAAUGAAAACUAUUUUGCAUUCCAACGAUGUCUCGGGAUAUGAAAUAACGUCUUUGCGAAAAUAUACGAAAUACGAGUUUUUCCUCAUACCAUUCUAUAAGAGGUUUGAGGGGAAGCCCUCAAAUUCCAGAGUUGCUCAAACUUUGGAUGAUGUUCCCGACGGUCCACCAAUUAACAUAGAAAUGUUCAUUUUAAAUACUACAACCGUUCAUUUAAAAUGGUCCCCUCCGGAGGCCCAUUUGCAAAACGGAAUUAUUACCGGUUACAACGUGCUGGUUAAUUGGCUGGACAUACCUGCGAACAAAUCCAUGGUGGCCAUCAACACGACCGUUCAUCAAGCCACUAGUCUAAUUAUGACUAAUUUGACGUCAGGUGUCAGCUAUUCGGUCCAAAUUGCCGCCGAAACUAUCGUCGGGCUCGGCCCAUUCAGCCAAAAAGUAUAUUUAAAUAUCGAUUCUCGCUCCGUUGGACUCGACCCUUUAUCCAGAUACCCGAUAAAUGGGGAGGUGUCUAUAGUGGCUGGGGACUUUGUUAUGGAAACAUGGUUUUACUUUUUGAUUGGAGCGAUUGUUCUGUUCAAAAUAAUUGUGAUUGGCGGCAUUAUUUACGUGCGGAAGCACAACAUUUUCGCCAAAAAGUCUGCUCUCCCUAACAUUUAUGAUUCCAACGGAACGAGCUUAGUGACUCAAAUGAACAUAAAAGCGGCCGUGUCUUUGUCUCAUCCGCUCAGCAGUUGUUACAACAAGAACACGGUGACAAAAACUGAGUCACUGUUGUGGAUGGAGAAUCAGCCGGGAUUAUGCAUGUCCGGUACUCAAACGAAUCAGGGCAAAGAGAAAGCCAACUCAGAAUACGACAAAGUUACUCACCAAUUACCUGAAUAUGCUGAAGUGACGUCUUCUCGAGCGAAUGCAAAUGAAUGGAACACAAGUAAAACUGCAACUUCACCGGCGGCGUACGCCUCGGUUACUUUAGUUGCCAAUACCAGGCAAUGUGUGAGUUCAUUGGGUUGGUUUCCACCAACGGGGAAGAAUGUUGAUUCAUUCGACAAUCGGUACGCCCCUGAAGAGGAAAUGUAUCCAGCCAGCAAUGGAGGCUACUAUAACAGGAAUGUCUAUAGUGAAAAAUACUUCCAAGGUCAUCCAAACGUCCUUAAGUUUUACGACUUGCCUUCCUUAGAGAAGACUCAGAAGGCUCAAAUAAGAUACAAUCAGAGCCUAGAUGAUAGAAAAGGUGAUAAAAACUCAAAGACUGACGCCACACAGUCCCUAAUAGGUCGCACUUAUGGGAUUAGUUCUAGGAAAAAUUCCGAAACGGAAUCGACUUAUAGAGCGUUUGGUGAAGAGGAGACAGACGAGGAGAAUUAUCCAGAAGACGGUGGUUAUGACGAGCUGCAAGCGAUGCAGCCGCAGCGGCAGAGACCACAGCAUCAGUACGAGAGGCCUAACUUUGACAACGAUGCGACGCGGACGCUGGCCAGACUGACGUCAUUCAGACAGGGGCAAGGGCUGACAGGUGCCAAGCCUAGCCUGGCCCCCACCCAUCCUCCUCCAGCGCCUCACCCCCGCGUCGACUCUGUAACGCGGUAGUAUCACGCCUUGCCGGUUUUCGGCGACCUGUGCCAAACGGACGUAUAGACCGAUAUCUUUCCUAAUAGUGUAGUGACGUCACUAAGAUCGCAGUUCUUCCUCACGUUGUACAGUUGCAGUAUACUCGUGUAGAAAGAGAAUCGUGAUUCGUUUGUUUUUUUCAAAGUGAAAAUGUGACAGUGAGUGACUUUGUUUUGGAUUCCUGCGGACUGAAAAGGCCUAUAUAAAAUAUGUGAUUUGAAAACUGAAUUGGCCUAUUUAACAGCGCACAAUAACUGACAGUGAUUUAUUUGAUGUUUUUUUAAUCAUAUAUUUUCAACUAUUCCUAGUCUUUGUAUCUAUAGAGUAUUGUAAAUAUUGUAAAUAAUAAUUUAACGAAUACGAAUGUUCUUGAAGUAACUAAACUUGGUGAAGUUAAUCAAUUCUGAUAAAUGUUUACAAUGUUAUUAUUGGAAUUGGAAAUUCAAUUGAUAUAUCCGUCUGAAUAUCAAUAAACGAAUUUGUAAUCCUAUAUCAUUAGUGUAAGUGUAAAGAAUUAAACUAGAAACAACAAAUUAACGCUUGGCAAUAAUUUGAAGUAACAUUACCUUAUUCAAUGAUUCAUAGCAUUGUAAAUAAUAAUACUAAUAGAUUUGAAACUCGAACGAUAGUGUUUUGUUUCGGUACUGCAUUUAGAUAACAAUAAUUUAUUCGAAUAAUAAAGUUAUAUUAUUAGUUCUAUUAAUCUGUAUUUAAUUAGUAUUAUUAUUUAGUUUAUUUCAUGUGCCAUAUGUAGAGAUCAUAGCUAAAUAAUAAAUAAAGUAACAUUGGAGUUGUGAGAUAAAAUUCAAAUGAAGCUUUUACAAAACUAAAAUUAUAAUCUACGUAAGAUCAUGUGAUAUGAGUUUAUAUAGCCACUUGUUAUAAUAUUAAAUAGCACGACUUGUAUUGCAUAUCAAAUGUAUUUAGUCAUGUAAUAGUUAAAGAAUGUUAUUAUUAUUAGGACGCUUCCAUAUCUGAGAAAAAAAAAACGAAAUUACUCUAACAUGUUAAUAAAAUUAGUCCUUCAUUUUGUAAAUAAAUAAAUAAUGUAAAAUGGAGUUGACUCGCCUUCCUCACUUCGUAAUGAAUGUAUCAAAUGUUGUUUUGUUCUGUCGACUGUUAAAGAGACUAUUUUAGGCUGAGAUCACAAGAUCGCGAGUUGCGGUGACAAAACCAAAUGCCAGAGACAUUAAUCUAAAUGAGAAACGUUUAUAGAAUUCUUCAAAGAAAGUUCAUCAUGAGACUUCACGUGUUUUCAUUUAAAUGAACGUAAAGACUAUAUAUAGGCACAUCUUAAAAUGUAACAGCAACCUAGAUACCAGACUGGAAAAAAUACAAAAAAAAAAUCUGUGUCUUCGUCUUUUUUCCACUUUGGUUUCUAGACCUAUAACUCUCGUAAAAUAACUUUGCCGUUUUGAAUAUAGCCACUUGUUUGCUUAUUCAGAGCUUCUUACCGUCAGAGCGGCAAAAUCUUUACAUAGAAGCUGUUAUACCAUUGCAAUUAGGGUUCACAUUACGUAUAAAAUCUGAUAAUUUUGGUUUCCGAUAUUCGCGAUCUUGUGUCCUCGCCCUUAUUUAGAUACCUUGCCUUGCUAUGUACAGCAAAUUCAUAUAACGUAGGUGUUAGACUGCAGGUUCUUAACAGAAUUCUUGGUAGUUCCUAUUUUCGCACUUUUCAAAAAUAUCAGAGCAAUAGGCAUUUCACGUAAUAAUAUUAAAACAUGUUUGUUAUUAACAAUAAAAAGCCACAUUUUUUGUUUAUUCAAGCAGAAAAAAACUUUGCUUUUAUUAAAUAAAAUUGUAAAGAGAUCGCAAAAUGUUAUGUUUUAAAUCGUAAAUCAAUAUUUAUGCAACGUCAUAAAGGUUUAACUACUCAUUUACGUUUGUAUGCAUCCCACUUUAUUUCUUUUGCGUAUCGCAAAAAAAUGCGUGCAAAAUGCACUGGUUUGUACAUUGAAAACUAUAAAAAUGUUAUAGGAAUGCGCUCGAUGCAAACAUAUAGGUUUUAUUUAAAUAGCCAACAAACGAAAUGUGUAGAGAGACUUUUAAAUAACGAAUGCAUUAAAAACAAAACAGCAAGGUGUCUAUUUAUGAAAUUGAAACUAAAAUAACAAAAGAAAAACAUUGUAACAAGCCCAAAGGCCUAUUUUUAUGUGCGAUAUGAUACGACCAUUCAUUGAAAUAGAUGGCAACACAAUAAUUAUUGUAAACUUGAUGGAUUUUAAUUUUUGUAUUAGUCUUUGGAUACCUAUUUUUAAUAAAAUAAUUUAAAUACUAAUAA